AGAGGAGGGGGUCGAGGUGGGGAAUGGCUGGCUUUGUCUGCAGACGUUCUCCCAGGAGGAGAGCGCGUGGAACGGAUCUUUGGAACCACUUAAGCAUAGGACUGCAGCGUGGCGAGAAUUGCCGAGAGGAUUAAAUGUCCGAAUGCAUGAAAAGCAUUUAACACUGUGCUCGGAUCCGACAUUUCCGUUCCCUGCCACCCAAGCGCCAUGAGGGGCCUUCUUUGCUCGCCACUGCCCAUGUUGCUGUUUCUUCUUCAGCCCUGGGAAACCCAGCUCCAGUUUGCAGGUCCCAGGUGUCGGUCGGGGCCCCUGGAUUUGGUGUUCGUGAUUGACAGCUCGCGCAGCGUGCGCCCCUUUGAGUUCGAGACCAUGCGGCAGUUCCUGGUGGGCCUCCUCCGCGGCCUGGACGUGGGGCCCGAUGCCACGCGCGUCGGCGUGAUCCAGUACUCGAGUCAAGUGCAAAGCGUCUUCCCGCUGGGCGCCUUCUCGCGCCGCGAGGAUAUGGAGCGCGCCAUCCGCGCGCUGGUGCCGCUAGCUCAAGGCACCAUGACGGGGCUGGCAAUCCAGUACGCCAUGAACGUGGCCUUCAGUGUGGCCGAGGGCGCGCGCCCCCCGCAGGCGCGCGUGCCGCGCAUCGCUGUCAUCGUGACCGACGGGCGGCCCCAGGAUCGCGUGGCUGAGGUGGCGGCGCAGGCGCGCGCCCGCGGCAUCGAGAUCUACGCAGUGGGGGUGCAGCGCGCCGACGUGGGCUCCCUGCGGGCCAUGGCGUCUCCCCCGCUGGACGAGCACGUCUUCCUCGUUGAGUCCUUCGAUCUUAUCCAGGAGUUUGGCCUGCAGUUCCAGGGCCGGCUCUGUGGAAAGGACCUGUGUACUGAGGGGGGACACGGCUGCCAGCACCAAUGUGUCAGCGCCCCAGGCACGUUCCACUGUGCCUGCAACCCUGGCUACCAGCUAGCUGCAGAUAACAAGAGCUGUUUGGCCAUUGACCUGUGCACUCAAGGGACCCAUGGCUGUGAGCACCACUGCAUCAGCUCCCCAGGCUCCUAUUUCUGUCGCUGCCGAGCUGGCUUUGUACUCCAGCAGGACCAGAGAAGCUGCAGGGCCAUUGACCACUGCAGCUUUGGGAACCACAGCUGCCAGCAUGAGUGUGUUAGCACAUUUGCUGGGCCACGGUGCCACUGCAGAGAGGGCCACGACUUGCUGCCCGAUGGGAAGAGCUGUGAGGCCCGGGACCUUUGCAAUGGUGUAGACCAUGGAUGUGAGUUCCAGUGUGUGAGUGAGGGCCUCUCUUACCGCUGCCUGUGCCCCGAGGGCCAGCAACUCCAAGCAGAUGGCAAGAGCUGCAACCGGUGCCGGGAAGGCCACGUGGACCUGGUUCUGCUCGUCGAUGGCUCCAAGAGCGUGCGCCCGCAGAAUUUCGAGCUGGUGAAGCGCUUUGUGAACCAGAUCGUGGAUUUCCUGGACGUGUCCCCCGAGGGCACGCGCGUGGGGCUGGUGCAGUUCUCGAGCCGCGUGCGCACCGAAUUCCCGCUGGGCCGCUAUGGCACGGCGGCCGAGGUCAAGCAGGCGGUCCUGGCCGUGGAAUACAUGGAGCGCGGUACCAUGACAGGGCUGGCGCUGCGCCACAUGGUGGAGCACAGCUUCUCCGAGGCGCAAGGCGCACGGCCCCGCGCCCUCAACGUGCCUCGCGUGGGCCUGGUCUUCACCGACGGCCGCUCCCAGGAUGACAUCUCGGUGUGGGCCGCGCGCGCCAAGGAGGAAGGCAUCGUCAUGUACGCCGUGGGCGUGGGCAAGGCGGUGGAGGAGGAGCUGCGCCAGAUCGCCUCCGAGCCCGCGGAGCUGCAUGUGUCCUACUCCCCUGACUUUGGCACCAUGACGCACCUGCUGGAGAACCUCAGAGGCAGCAUCUGCCCGGAGGAGGGCAUCGGCCCAGGUACAGAGCUUCGGAGCCCGUGCGAAUGCGAAAGCCUCGUGGAGUUCCAGGGCCGCACGCUGGGGGCGCUCGAGAGGCUGACGCAGAACCUGGCCCAGCUGACGGCGCGCCUGGAGGAUCUGGAGAACCAGCUGGCCACCCAGAAGUGAGGGCCGCCAGGGCCGGGAGCCGGGCAGGGGCGCGGCCCCGCGGACUGUGCCCUCGGGGCGCCGUCGGGGCGCCGGGGCCGGGCAGCUCCGGGGCCCCGAGGACUUGGGCUGUCGGGGAGGGGGCGCUGGCGGGCUCCCAGCGCUGCGCUCGAGCUGGCCUCGCCUGGACCAGAAGCCGGACUGCGGGGGACCGAGGGGCGCGCUAGGUCCGCACGCCCUCGCUGCGUGCUGCGCUCAGUUCUUUGUUGGAUUUCCUUUUUGUUUUCUU